CACUGGCAACUGCUGAUGCAUUCCCCAACCAAACUGACGUCAUGUGGGAAGGGCCCAGGCUGGGGCCGGGCUAUAAAAUGGUGCUCCUCUACGUUGCAGUUCAUUCACAAAUAGUCGCCGUGGAUUACUCCGACCCGACAAGAGGCUCCUUCCUCAGGCCGCUCUGACCCAAGUCAACCAAAGCAAUUUUUGUCUAAGCGAUUCAGACAAUGAAAAUGUCUGCGGCCGAGAUCUCCCAGGUGCUCAAAGAGGGUGAGCUGGAGAAGAGGAGCGACAACCUGCUCCAAUUCUGGAAGAGGAAGACGUGUGUCCUGACCCCCGACAGCCUCAACAUGUACACCGACACCCACAAGCGCUCCCGGGGCAAAGAGCUCAAGUUGCAAUGCAUCAAGAAGGUGGACUGCGUGGAGCGCACCGGCAAGUUUGUCUACUUCACCAUCGUCACGACUGACAACAAGGAGAUCGACUUCCGCUGCCCGGGCGAGGACAACUGCUGGAAUGCGGUGAUCACCAUGGCCCUCAUCGAUUACCAGAACCGCAAGGCCAUCCAGGACUUUAAGACACGCCAGGACAACGAGAGCACGUCGCCGGGCCAGCAGGAGCGUCGCAUGGCGAGGGCACCGUGAGGCCCCCGCCUCCUCGCCUCACUCUUUCCCUCGACCACCUAAUAGGGGUGUGUGCCUGUGGACCACACAAGAAAUAAUCAUUCAAGGACCAACCAGAAGGGAACGAUGACGUCACCCGGUCCAGAGAUGAAGGAUUGCGGACUGAGCUGUCACAAUGACGCUCACAAAUCCAGCAGACAUUUUCCAAACUCCAUUCACAUGGAUUAAGAUUCUCUCACUGGAGGGAACAAAAAAAGAUAUUUGUUAAUUUAUUGGUUUCCAGCAUAUUGUGUCUCAUGGUAAAAAACUGCACUUGUAUUGUUUAAAUUAUUUGCUUGUUUCAAAGCAUGAUACAUUUUUGUAUUUAUUUCAAUAAAUAUGUGUAUCUUUUUCACAAAAUCUGAAACUUUUCAUUGCUGCUGUCGAAAUAGGCUUGUUACUUUUUUUCAGUCAUUGCACAUGAUGAGUUUAUUUCACCCAUUGUGCCUGGUUGUCAGAAGAGUGACUUUUGUUUUUAAAUACAAAUCAGUUUU